UAAAAGUCCAGGCCGAGAGCCGAAGCACCACAGGAGGCUCGGAGCUUUGAAAGACUGUCUUUCAGCAAUGAUGCUUCUGUGUGUGAUGCUGCUGAUUUUCUCUGGUUUCAUGGAGGCCAAUUCAGAGAAUUUUAAGGUUGUUGGCCCAGUUGAGCCUCUUGUUGUUGAAGCUGGUGAAGACCUGGUUCUGCCCUGUACUCUCCAACCCAACAUCAGUGCUGUGCAUAUGACGGUGGCGUGGAUCAGAACAGAUCGGACUGAUACUGACAAACUAGUGCAUCUCUAUGAAGGUCAUAAAGACACAAAUGAUAAGCAGAUGAAGUCUUACAGAGGAAGAACAGCUCUGUUUAAAGAAGAACUGCAGAAAGGAAACACCUCACUGAAGCUCUCAGCAGUCCAGCCUUCUGAUGAGGGAGUUUAUCAGUGUUACGUUGGGUCAGAAUCAUGGUAUGAUGAGGUCAUUGUUCAUGUUGAAGUCAAAAAGCUUUUAAAAGUAGUUGGUCCAGCUGUGCCUGUUGUUGUUGAAGCUGGUGAAGAUCUGGUUCUGCCCUGUUCUAUUGAACCCAGGAUCAGUGCUGAAGCUAUGGUGGUAGAGUGGAUCAGACUGUACCUGAAUGACAGAUUAGUGCACCUGUAUGUAGAUUAUGAAGACAGAAAUCAGGAACAGAUGGAGUCUUACAGAGGAAGAACAAGCUUAUUCAAAGAAGAACUAAAAAAAGGAAACACUUCACUGAAACUCUCAGCAGUUCAACCUUCUGAUGAUGGAGUUUAUCAGUGUUACGUUCGGUAUGGGAACUUGGAUGAUGAUGUAAAUAUAUAUGUUGAAGUUAAAGGAAAAGGUUUUCAUGCUUGGAAGAUUGUCCUCAUCUGCAUGUCAGCUUUUGCCAUUACAUUAACCGCUUUUACAGCUUACAUCGUGAAAGAUAAAUUCUCAAAAAAGCAGCUCUCUCCUGCACAAUGCUCAGUCAUAACCUACAUGCGAGUCCAGUCAGAGAAUAAGAAGGAAGAACUGAACCUGAAGAAAUUCAACACAUCAGAGGAGGGAUACAGAAGACUCAUCCCAGCUGUCACAAACUGCAGAAAGGCUCAAUUUGCUGGCUGUAGCCUCACUGCACUGUGCCUUGAAAUUUUGAGUACAGGUCUAAAAACAGAAAAUUCCUCUGUAAAAGAGCUGGACCUCAGUAAAAAUGACCUGCAGGAUGCAGGAGUGGAACAGCUCUCUUCUGGACUCAAGAGUUCACACUGUAAAUUGGAGAUAAUCAGACUUGCUAUGUGUAAACUCAGCGCACAGUCCUGUGACACUCUGCAGUCAGUUUUACAAACAGAAACCUCCUGCCUGAAAGAACUAGACCUCAGUAAUAAUGACCUGCAGGAUGCAGGACUGAAGAACCUCUCUGUUGCACUGAAGAGUUCACACUGUAAAUUGGAGAUAAUAAGACUUGCUGUGUGUAAACUCAGCGCACAGUCCUGUAACACUCUGCAGUCAGUUUUACAAACAGAAACCUCCUGCCUGAAAGAACUAGACCUCAGCAAUAAUGACCUGCAGGAUGCAGGACUGAAGAACCUCUCUGUUGGACUGAAGGGUUCACACUGUAAAUUGGAGAUAAUAAGACUUGCUGUAUGUAAACUCAGCGCACAGUCCUGUGACACUCUGAAGUCAGUUUUACAAACAGAAUCCUCCUGCCUGAAAGAACUAGACCUCAGUAAUAAUGACCUGCAGGAUGCAGGAGUGAGGAAUCUCUCUGUUGGACUGAAGAGUUCACACUGCAAACUGGAGAUACUCAGACUUGCUGUGUGUAAACUCAGCACACAGUCCUGUAAUACUCUGCAGUCAGUUUUACAAACAGAAACCUCCUGCCUGAAAGAACUGGACCUCAGUAAUAAUGACCUGCAGGAUGCAGGAGUGAGGAAUCUCUCUGUUGGACUGAAGAGUUCACACUGCAAACUGGAGAUAGUCAGACUUGUUGUGUGUAAACUCAGCGCACAGUCCUGUGACACUCUGAACUCAGUUUUACAAACUGAAACCUCCUGCCUCAAAGAACUAAACCUCAGUAACAAUGACCUGUAUGACUCAGGAGUGGCGAAUCUCUCUGUUGGACUGAAGAGUUCACACUGCAAACUGCAAAUACUAAGACUAGCUUUGUGUAAUCUCGGAGUGAAUACAUGUGAAAGGCUAGGAUCACUUUUAAAACUGGAAAAGUCCCUGAAAGCACUGGACCUCAGUAAUAACGAUCUGCAGGAUUCAGGAGUGGAGCUGCUCUCUGCUGGACUGAAGACUGGAGACUGUAAACUGGAAAUACUUAUAUUGUCUGGUUGUAUGAUCAAAGAGGAAGGCUGUUCUUCUCUGGCUUCAGCUCUGAGUUCAAACCUGUCGCACCUGAAAGAACUGGAUCUGACCUACAAUCACCCAGGAGAGUCAGGCGUGAAGGUGCUCUCAGCUAGACUGGAGGAUCCACGAUGCACACUAAGAACUCUCAGAGUGGAACAUGGAGGUGAAAACAGAAUCGAACCAGGACUGAAGAAAUAUUCCUGUGAGUUCACUCUGGAUCCAAACACAGCGCACAGAGAUCUCGCUCUGACUGACCGGAACAGAAAGGUGGAGCGUGUGGGAAAAUAUCACUCGUAUCCUGAUCAUCCAGAGAGAUUUGAUGAGUGGUAUCAGGUUCUGUGUAGAGAGAGUCUGACUGGACGCUGUUACUGGGAGGCUGAGAGGAGCGGGACGGUUGAAAUAGCAGUAACAUAUAAAUCAAUCAGGAGGAAAGGAGACAGUGCGGACUGUGGGUUUGGACUGAAUGAAAAGUCCUGGAGUCUGAUCUGCUCUGAUAACAGAUACUCUGUCUGUCACAAUAAUAAUGAGACUGAACUCUCCACUCGACCGUCCAGUAAGAGAGUAGGAGUGUAUGUGGACUGUCCGGCCGGCUCUCUGUCCUUCUACAGCGUCUCUGAUGAUCAAACACUGACGCACCUUCACACGUUCAGCACCACAUUCACUGAACCGCUCUGUGCUGGGUUUUUAGUCUGGAACGACUCCUCAGUGUGUUUAAAAUAAAAUCUCCUCCUGAGUGAAACACAAACCAUAAAAAUAUGUUUGUGUGGUUUUAUGUGUAAAACAGUAAAAAUCAUUUUUACAUCAUUUUUAUCUUCAUUCUUUAUGUUGUUGUUGUUGUUGUUAGUAAUGGUGGUAGUAGUAGUUUAAUAUUGCCGCUUCCUAAUGUGCUGGGAUUGUAUUCAUGGUCUCUGCCUUUGGUUCCCCCUUCCCCUUCCAGGUCACUGCUCUGCUCUGAGGUGUGUGUGUGUGUGUGUGUGUGUGUGUGUGUGUGUGUGUGUGUGUCUCUCUCUUUCUCUGUCUAUAUCUAUCAAGUUUGAUUUUAAAUUUGAUUUUGAUUAAAUAAACUUUUGUUUGGGAAAUCUUA